CGAACUAUUUUCUGUCCUUCAGUAUAUCAAAAUAAGAUUCUGUUCAUACAUUUAGAUCUGAAGGAGAACUCUUUUGCACACAUGGGGGUACACUGGAGAGAGAUGGAUGUAGCUCUCUUUUGCUUUCUCUGGCUAAGUAUAUUCUCUGACUGUGGCUAUGCAGCUAUAUCUAGAGAAAGCUCUUUGUCACUAGGACAAACUCUGAGUUCCCCCGGUGAAUCUUACGAGUUAGGAUUCUUCAGUCCUAACAACUCUCGGAACCAGUAUGUCGGGAUCUGGUUCAAGAAAAUCGCACCACGGGUGGUUGUGUGGGUGGCCAACAGAGAAAAGCCAAUCACAAGCCCUGCGGCAAACCUCACUAUCAGCGGAAACGGGAGUCUUAUCUUGCUUGACAGCAGAAACAAAGUUGUUUGGUCAUCAAACAGAGGAGAACCUUCCACUAACAAGUGUCACGCCAAGCUCUUAGAUACAGGCAAUCUCGUGGUAGUUGAUGAAGUUUCAGGCACUCUUUUGUGGCAAAGCUUCGAGAAUCUUGGGGAUACUAUGCUACCUCUCUCGUCGCUAACGUACAACCUCGCCGCUAAUGAGAAGCGAGUGUUAACUUCUUGGAAAAGCGGCACUGAUCCAUCUCCAGGCGAGUUUUCAGUCGAGCUGACGCCGCAAGUGCCGUCACAGCUCGUUACUAUGAAAGGCAACAAAGUUUAUAAGAGAAGCGGUCCGUGGGAUAAGACCGGGUUCACCGGCGUACCGCAGAUGGACGAAUCGUACGCGAGUCCGUUUAGCCUUGUCCAAGACGUAGCAAACGGGAAAGGGAACUUCUCUUAUUUACAGAGGAACUCUCAGCUGCUUACGCGAGUUAUCGUAACGUCAGAGGGAUAUGUAAAGACGUCUCAUUACAAUGGGACAGGGUGGGUUGUGGACUUUGUGACUCCAGCGAAUAAGUGUGAUAUCUACGGUGCAUGUGGACCUUUUGGGUUAUGUGUGACGUCCACUCCUAUAAAGUGUGAAUGCAUAAAAGGGUUUGUACCAAAACACAAAGAGGAGUGGAAACGAGGAAACAAGACUUCUGGAUGUGUGAGACGUAAACAAUUAUUAUCUUGUCAUCAGGAGGCAACAAAGUCAUCUACAGACGCAUUUUAUCGUCUUUCCAGUGUAAAGCCUCCAGAUCUCUACGAAUAUGCUGCAAGCUUUGCUGAUAAAGAUCAAUGCCGACAGGGCUGUCUCGGAAACUGCUCAUGCACUGCUUUUGCGUAUAUUACUGGAAUUGGAUGCUUGCUUUGGAAUCAGGAGCUAAUGGACACAGUUCAAUAUUCAGCUGGAGGAGAGUUUCUUUCGAUUCGUCUUGCAAGCUCAGAACUUGUUUGGUUUUGUGGUAAAUAUCUCUCAGCUGGAAGCAGGAGGACCAUGAUGAUUAUUGCUGGUAGUAUCUGCCUUUCCAUUUUUGUGAUUUUGGCCUUUGCCUCAUAUAAGUACUGGAGAUACAGAGCAAAACGAAAUGCCUGGAAAACUGGUCUGGAACAAGAAGAAAUCUCAGGGUUAACUUUCUUUGAGAUGAAUACCGUACGAGCUGCUACCGAUAACUUUAGUAUCUCAAACAAACUCGGUCAAGGUGGAUUUGGUCCAGUUUAUAAGGGAAUUCUGUCAGAUAAGAAGGAAAUAGCGGUUAAACGGCUUUCUAGCAGUUCCGGACAAGGUACAGAAGAGUUCAUGAACGAAAUAAAACUCAUCUCAAAACUACAACACAGAAACUUGGUUCGGCUUUUGGGUUGCUGCAUUGAUGGAGAAGAAAAGCUACUAAUUUAUGAGUUUAUGGUCAACAAAAGCCUCGACAGUUUUCUCUUUGAUUCGACUCUAAAGCUUCAGAUUGAUUGGCCCAAGAGGUUCAACAUCAUUGAAGGUGUUGCGCGUGGGCUUCUCUAUCUCCAUCGUGACUCAUGCCUCAAGGUCAUACACCGUGACAUGAAGGUCAGCAACAUUCUCUUGGACGAAAACAUGAACCCGAAAAUAUCAGAUUUCGGAUUGGCUCGCAUGUUUCAAGGAACUCAACAUCAAGACAGCACUCUUAGAGUUGUUGGAACUAUAGGAUACAUGUCUCCUGAGUAUGCAUGGACAGGGAUGUUCUCAGAGAAGUCUGACAUAUAUGCUUUUGGAGUUGUGCUGUUAGAAAUUAUUAGCGGGAUGAAGAUCUCAAGUUUUAAUUGUGGAAAGGAAGGCAAAACCCUUCUUGAAUAUGCAUGGGAGUCUUGGCUCGAGACCGAUGGAGUGGAUCUUUUGGAUCAAGAUAUUGCCAGCUCGUGUUCUCCAGUUGAAGUCGCCAGAUGUGUUCAGAUUGGUCUACUCUGCAUCCAACAGCAAGCUGUUGACAGACCAAACAUUGCACAAGUAGUGUUCAUGAUCACAACCACAACAGAUCUUCCGAGACCAAAACAACCAGUAUUUGCAUUGCAGAUUCACGAUCAAGAGAGUACUGUCUCUGUGUUAGAGUCCGGAAAUCAUAUGACACAAACUGCAAUUUAUGGGCGAUAGAGUUUCCACUAUGCUGGAAAAAUGUAUGAUUUGGGUUUGGUUGUUUCACAUGUUGCUUGCGUUGAAACCUCUGUGAAAUAUGAAGUUGGUUCAUAGGCCUGUAAGCGUCCAUGUUAUUUAUUCAUGUGCUGCUCUGUUUUUC